UCCGUGGGGUGGAGAAAGGACCUCCUGGGCGAUUUUCAGCCGUUCCUGCCCGGGUUUCGCCACCUUGGCUCACCAAGGGCCGCUUCCUGCGCGUGGAAAGGGGAAGGAAGGACGGAAGGAGGUCCCGAGGGGCCGGGCGGGGAUGGGGCGCGGCAGGAUGGGCCCGAGGGGCUUUGGGGGGCUCUGCCUCGCCCUGCUCUGCUCCGGGGCCGCUCUCGGCUCCCAGGAAGAGGAGCAGGGGAGCAGGAACGUCACCGAGGAGAUCCCGGAGGGGACACGAGACCCCCUGGAGCCACCAGGACAGCCCAGCACGGCCACCGGGGACGGGGACGCGGUGACAGCGUGGCCAAGGGCCACCACGAGCCCUCCCCGGAGCCUUGGGGACCUCGCGGUGACACCGGCGGGGAACCGAACCCGAACCUCCUCGGGUGUCCCAGCCCGGUUCUGGUCCCCCGUCAUCUUCGUGGUGCUGGCCCUGCUCGUGCUCUUUGUCACCUACCACAGGACCAAGGACAAAGGGAUCCGGGACCAGGCCACGAGCGGCAGCGACUCCUCAGAUUUGGGAGCUCUGGUCCAGCCUCAGGUCCAUGACCCCAUCCCAAAAAUCCCGGAGCAAACCGAGACCGCCUUGGACCAGCCGGAACCGCCCCAACACCUGCCGGACUCGCCCCCGGGUGGCUCCUGAGGGUCCCAGGGUGGCCCCAGUGGCUCCCAGGCCCUACAACUCUUGGCCCCACAGCCCCAAAGCUGAAAUAAAUUUAAUUUUAAAAAAGUCAAAACAGAUUCAUUUUAUUAAAAAAACAAAAUUGUACGAUUUUAGUUCCUCUAUGAAAAAAAAACAAAAACAAAAAGCCCGAAAAACAACCAAACACCAACGGAAAAAAAAUUCCUACCACUGCCGGAACGCUCCGAUCCACUGCAAAAAUCCGGGAAAAUCCAAGCUUUUUUUAUAUAUUAAAAACCAUUGAUUUGACAUUUUACAACUUUCUACACGCAUGCACAAAACUCUCGGCUCUGCGGGAAAACAAAUUCCAAACCCAACCCCGAAAACGGAACCAAAAAAAGGGAAUUUUGGUCUCCCAAAAUUCCCAAAUGGAAUCAUGAAUUCCCCACCCCUCCCAGGAAGAUCCAUCCGCCUUAUUUAUUUUUUUUUUUUUGCAAGAAAAUGCCCCAAAAUGGGCUCCCAGUUGAAAUUCCCUAAAGAAUUCCCCCCAAAAAGUCCCCCAAAAAAGGGGGAUUUCCUGGAAUUCGGGAUGGAUCUCCCCAUUUUGCUACUGGUGCUUACUGGGGAAGCCUCCCCUGGCUCCAAACUCUUCCUUUUUAGUGCUUAGGACAAAACCGACCCCAAAACCCGACCCCAAAACGCCUCCCUGGAAUGAAAUCCGGCACUUCCAACCCCACGAGGGUGGAGGUGGAAGCUGGAGCGGGGGG